CCUCAGCUGCACCGCUAAAAGCAUGUGCAACACCAGCAGUGAUGCUGCUGGCUGCAUCAUGGUCAGCCACAAUGAAUUCUAUGGCAUUACCGUGAAAUAAGUUGCCGCCAACCGCACGUGUUCAUUACGCAACCGAGCGACCAAGCGGAGUGCUUAACGUCUAUUUCCGCGUUCCCUCCCGAAAACCUCCUCGAAAAUUACGUAUCCCAUAGGAACAACGCCCCGAAAAUACAAAAGCAACACAUAACACAAAAAGGGAGAAGAAAAAAAAACGAACACAAUAUGUCGGAGCUGGUGGAUACGGAACUGCUGGUGAACUGCACAAUUCUUGCCGUGCGUCGCUUCGAGUUGAACAGCAUUGUGAACACAACUCUAUUGAAUAGCCUCAACCGCACCGAAGUGGUCAGCCUGCUCUCUGGCAUUAUCGAUAAUCGUGAUAAUCUCGAGAGCAUCGACGAGGCAAAGGACUUUCUCACCGAGUGCUUGUUUCCAUCACCGACGCGUCCGUAUGAGUUGCCGUGGGAACAGAAAACGAUUUGGGCUAUCGUAUUUGGACUGAUGAUGUUUGUGGCGAUUGCGGGCAAUGGAAUUGUGCUCUGGAUUGUUACAGGACAUCGCAGCAUGCGCACGGUCACAAAUUAUUUCCUGCUCAACCUAAGCAUCGCUGACCUGCUCAUGUCCUCACUGAACUGUGUCUUCAACUUUAUAUUCAUGGUGAAUUCGGAUUGGCCAUUCGGCUCGAUUUAUUGCACCAUCAAUAAUUUCGUUGCCAAUGUUACGGUCUCCACAUCGGUCUUCACCUUGGUCGCCAUCUCCUUCGACAGAUAUAUCGCCAUUGUGCAUCCGUUAAAGCGUCGUACGUCACGGCGAAAAGUGCGAUUCAUUCUGGUGUUGAUCUGGGCCCUGAGCUGUGUUCUCUCAGCACCCUGUUUGCUCUACUCCAGCAUCAUGACAAAGCACUACUACAAUGGCAAAUCGCGAACAGUUUGCUUUAUGAUGUGGCCUGAUGGACGUUAUCCCACUUCGAUGACGGAUUAUGUCUAUAAUCUAACCAUAUUGAUAUUGACCUACGGCAUACCGAUGAUUAUAAUGCUCAUUUGCUAUACGCUAAUGGGUCGCGUAUUGUGGGGCAGUCGGUCAAUUGGUGAGAACACGGAUCGUCAAAUGGAAUCGAUGAAAUCGAAACGCAAAGUUGUUCGCAUGUUCAUUGCGAUAGUCUCCAUAUUUGCCAUUUGUUGGCUGCCCUAUCAUCUGUUCUUCAUCUAUGCCUAUCACAACAAUCAGGUGGCGUCCACAAAGUACGUGCAGCACAUGUAUCUCGGGUUUUACUGGCUGGCCAUGUCCAAUGCAAUGGUCAAUCCGAUUAUCUAUUACUGGAUGAACAAAAGAUUUCGCAUGUAUUUCCAACGCAUUAUUUGCUGCUGUUGCCUGGGCCUUACACGCUAUCGUUUCGAUUCGCCCAAGAGUCGAACAGCCAACAAGAAUAGUUCAAAUCGACACACAAGAGCGGAAACCAAGAGCCAAAACCAGUGGAAACGCAGCACAAUGGAAACACAAAUCCAACAGGCACCCACAACAUCAUCAAGAGAGAGGCCACCAGCGUUGCAAGGGCUCAACCACAUGGCCGUUGAGUGCAUCAUGGAGCGACCAACCGAUGACAAUAGCUCGCCCCUUUGCCUGUCCAUUCAAAAUAGUGCGGGUGAGCGGCAGCGCGUGAAAAUCAAAUACAUCUCUUGCGAUGAGGACAAUAAUCCCAUCGAGCACGAGCAGAGUCACGGUCACGGUCACGCCCACAAGCACAAUCACGGUCACGGUAUUGGUAACAAUGUGACGGCAAUACAACAACUGUGAUGGGAGGAUGGCUUUUAAAUUGCUCAGCGGUUUCGUUUCAAAUGGGGAGCCAAUCGAAAGCCAAAGGAAUUUUCUUGUAAAUACGAAUAAUCGAAUUUGUGGUUGUCAGCAGCAAGUAAAAAAAUAAAAAAAAAAUAAAAAACACACACACAGACAAAACAAAAACAAAAGUGAAAACGAAAUACAAUACAAUAUGCGAAAUAUUCGUAAUAAGAAAAUAUCUAGAAAGUAAUUGUGGUAUUCACGGCAUUUGCUUAAACAGAUUGGCUGAGAAAUAUUUGAAAUAUAAUCCAACAUUCUCUGGCCGACUGGCACAAUUUAUUGACCCUGAGGAUUGAAAAGAAAAAGAAGAGCUUAUGUCGCUUGCCAAAUCUGUUUGCAAGAAUUUGCAUAUAAAGUACUGCAAUUUUUUGCUCCAAAUAAUUAGCUACUAACUACUUAAUGUUCUUAACAGUUGAUCAAGUUUAUUUCGUGCCGUGAAGUUCGGCAAAAGUUCUUAUUGUACAAAUAGCAAAUAUACAAAUUGUAUUGAUAUCAUCGUCGAGCUGUAAGUUUUAACUGUUGUGUAAAAUAGUUCUAAGUAAAAAUAUUCUUACGAGUAUUUGUAUUUAUUGUAUAAUGCUCUACUUUAUAGUCUAAUUGCAAACCCGAUUUGUUUCUAUUCAAUUACUGUCAAUAUUCAAUAGGU